UCACACCAAAUAAUCUCUUCAAUUCCCCAAAGCCAUGGCAGCGUCAGUUCAUCCCACCUACUGUCCAAUCUUGGCAGCUCUAAUCUGCACAUUAAUGGUGUCUGUAACUCUAACUCAAUCUGACAGAAUAGUGAAUCUGCCAGGUCAACCAGAAGCCAAAUUCCAGCAAUAUUCAGGUUACAUUAACAUUGGUGUGCCUCAAAAUCAAGAAAGAUUCUACUUUUAUUACUUUGUUGAGGCAGAAAAUCAGCCCCAAUCAAAGCCUCUUGUUCUUUGGCUAAAUGGAGGGCCUGGAUGUUCUUCGAUUGGGGCAGGGGCAUUUAGUGAACAUGGCCCUUUUCAACCAAAUGGGAAUGUAUUGGUGAGGAAUAGCUAUAGUUGGAAUAAAGUGGCUAAUAUUUUGUACUUGGAAUCACCUGCUGGAGUUGGAUUCUCCUAUUCUAAGAAUAAAUCUUUCUAUGAAUCUGUCAAUGAUGAAAUCACAGCUAGGGACAACCUUAAUUUCCUCGAGAAAUGGCUGGAGAAGUUCCCAGAGUUCAAGAACAGAGUGUUUUACAUCACAGGAGAAAGCUAUGGAGGGCAUUAUGUUCCACAAUUGGCUAAUCUCAUACUUCACUCCAAAUCAAAGAUCAAUCUUAAAGGGAUUGCAAUUGGCAAUCCUCUUCUCGAAUUCGAUACCGACUUCAAUUCGAGAGCCGAGUUCCUCUGGUCGCACGGACUGAUAUCCGACGCCGCGUAUUAUCAGUUCACGCACGUCUGCAACUACUCGCAGAUCAGAAGGGAGGCCGCGCGAGGAGGGCUUUCGCCGGUCUGCUCGAGAGUGAAUAAAAUCGUGUCGUCGGAGAUGAGUCAAUUUAUCGAUUCCUAUGAUGUUACGCUCGAUGUUUGUCUUUCGUCGGUUUUGCUUCAGGCGGAGGCGCUGAAACAGACGCAGGAGGAGCCGAAGAUAAAUGUGUGCGUCGAGGAUGAAACGACGAUGUACCUUAACAGAAAAGACGUGCAGGAAGCGCUCCACGCAAGCCUCGUCGGGGUUAAACAAUGGGGCAUUUGCAGCUAUGUUCUACGUUACGACAUGCAAAAUCUGGAGGUUCCGACGAUCGGGAUUCUGGGAUCGCUCGUGAAGUCAGGCAUACGUGUGCUGGUUUACAGUGGCGAUCAAGAUUCUGUUCUCCCGCUUACCGGGACUCGGUUGCUGGUGAAUCGCCUGGCAAAAGACCUGGGAUUGAACACAACAGCAACGUACGGCCCUUGGUUCGAGAGAAGACAGGUCGCAGGAUGGACACAGGCCUACGGGGAUUAUCUAUCGUUCGCAACUGUAAGAGGGGCUUCUCACGAAGCGCCAUUUUCUCAACCAGCAAGGUCACUAGUCCUGUUUAGUUCAUUCGUUUCAGGGACAGGGCUCCCGCGAGUCAACCGCGCAGACAAGGUUAUAAGUUCAUUUGUAAGACUAAUCUGAAUUCAGCAGGCCGAGAGAGAACUGUUUCGAUGCAGACAGAGAUAUUUCUUACAUGUAUCACAAAACUUGAUCGAAAAGCGGCAGGGGAAUCUAUUCAUCAAUAAAACUUCAAAUUCUUAAAUCAA